AUGAGAAGCUUCCGUUUUGUCUCCCUGGCCGGGCUAUCCUGCUCUCUGCUGCUCCUAGGUCUUGCUACAGCAUCAGCACCAACUAGUAACACGGACAGGUUUGAGCAAAGAGACCUCAAUAACAAGAACCCAUCUGAUCCCUACCCUGGAUAUUUCAAACAUCACCGCUUCUACGAUUUCCGAAACCGUAGUAUAGAGCUCUCUGCAGAUGGAGGGGAGCAGCCCCGGCGGCAGCAACUUCAGAGACGCAACAUAACCCCUCGAAGGCUCCCCGGAACCGGGCGUGGAGGCAUACCCGGGUAUAUACCUGACAACCUGGCAUAUGACUUUGAUUCCAAGGGCCGCAAUAACGAGGCAGGGGGAGCCCCUGACCCCAACGCCGAUAGCAACGAGUUCCAUCGCACCUUAGCUGGCAGCCGCUUCAUUGAGGACUGGGACAUCCAGAACUGGAACAGAGAGGGAUCAGCCCUCUUCCCGAUCCCUAUUAAAAACUCACAUCAUAAUGUCUUCAUAGUGCGCAAUAGCACCGAAAACGGGGAUGAGACAACGCACAUGAUUCUUCGCACUGAACGGAUGGAAGAGUAUACCUCCACGGCUGAAGUUCAGACUCACGAUACUGAUAUCCUACAUGCUUCCCUACGCGUGCGGCUACGCCUAUAUGCCAACUCGGGCUGGGUCCAUUUCCCCAGGGAAAAAGGUGGAAACAUAAACACCGAAAACAAUAAGACUUAUCAUUCUCUACCAACUAGCUACCGGACACGAAACCCUCCGGCAGGUGCAUGUGCAGGAGUUUUCACAUACUACGGCAGAAACGACGAAUCAGACAUUGAAAUCCUCACAGGUGAUCCACCAAACCUCGUCCGAUAUGCUAACCAACCAGAUUGGGACCCUAAGACUGACGAAUCAAUACCCGGUGCAAGUGAUGAGAUUGAAGUUUCCGUUCCCUGGACUCACUGGGGAGACCAUCGACUUGACUGGUUCCAGGAUAUUAGCCGUUGGUAUUUCAACGGUAAUCACCUUGUUUCGAAAACGUAUGGGGUCCCAAAGAACCCGAGCAUGCUGAUCCUCAACCUAUGGAGUGAUGGUGGUCAAUGGACGGGUAACAUGACCGUCGGUUCAUCGGUGUAUAUGGGUGUCGAAUGGGUGGAGAUGGUAUAUAACAAAACUGCCGAUUUUGGAGGAGCCCAUAAGAAACAUGCCCGAGUUGAUUUUGGGUUAGAAACCGAAGACGACAAGCAGGACGAGGACGAGGAUAACGAGGGCGCGAAAGCCGCCGCGGACGAGCUCCCUCCCCUCCAAUCCAUCAGGCGCGCCCCUCGACCCAAGAAGAAGCAGCAGAUCGGCAAAGGGAAAACUGGUGACAAACCAGAAAAUAAGGCCAAAGGUAGCCGCAAAGGCAAGCACAAGGGUAAAAAGCCAAAGACAAAACCAAAGCCCAAUGGUGAAGAUAGCCAGGAGGAAGGGUGCAGAGUAGUUUGCCGUAUUGAUGGGGUUAAGACCCAAGGUAUCCCUGAGAUUGCCUGA